AGGACGGGUCGCCACGCCUUCAGGGACGCACUCUUUCACGGGGUCAGCUUUCUGUCUGUGUCCUCUGUUCACCGGUGGACACCUGUCCACAACCAGGACUUCUGACAGGCUGCUAUCCACAGACAUCUCCUCCACUUACAUCAAUCAGGUUGUGCCUCUGGAGUCCGGCUCCACUUCUCCCACCGGUGCCAGUUGACCAGGCUGUUGUGUGGAGGCUAAUUACACUAGGAAUAUCUGGAGCAGCAGUUUUAUUGAUUCGUCAUCUGAUACCAGUAGGAUCAAAGAUGGGGAUCAGAGUGUAGUGCUGCCAGGAAUGCCCCAGACUGUGUGCUCAGGCACCAUGUUCACCACUCCCAGUGGCUUCAGCCCCCAUCUGGCCUGCGCUGAGCCUGGGGAGGAGGAGGAGGCCGCACAGGAGGGCCAGGGGCCCGGGGCUUGCCUGGCCGAUGGGCCCCCGAUCACCUCUGCGUCCCUGGACACCCUCAUCCAGAACCUGGUGCCCACUGCCGAUUACUACCCAGAGAAAGCCUAUGUGUUUACCUUCUUGCUGAGUGCCCGUCUGUUCAUCCCACCUCCGGAGCUGCUGGCUAGGGUGUGUGAGCAGUGCAUUAAACAGCAGCAGCUGGAUCAGAGCCCACUCGAUACGGCAAAAGUGCGCAAGUUUGGUCCCAAGAUCCUGCAGCUGCUGACAGAGUGGACAGAGACGUUCCCCACUGACUUCAGGGACGAGAAGAUGGUCGGGCACCUUAAAGACAUCGUCCACAGGAUGGCUCCGUGUGAUGAGGCGUACUGGAAAACCCUGAACCAGGUGCUGCAGAAGCUCAACCAGAGGCUGGCCCUGAUGAGCCAGGGGGAAGAGAGUAUCGUCAAGGUCUCCCUCAAUGCCUCCUCUAUCUCUGACAAGCUGGUGGCCUUCAAGACCAAGCCUCCGCCCAUCCAGAAGGACAUGCUCUCCAUCUGCAACGACCCGUACACACUGGCACAGCAGCUCACCCACGUGGAGCUGGAACAUUUAAGUCAUAUUGGACCGGAGGAGUUUGUCCAAGCCUUUGUUCAGAAAGACCCACUAGAUAAUGAUCAGCCAUGCUUCGGUGACCAGAAGAAGAAAACCUCCAACCUGGAGGCUUAUGUCAGGUGGUUUAACAGACUGUGUUACCUGGUAGCUACUGAGAUCUGCAUGCCUGCGAAGAAGAAGCAGAGAGCCCAGGUGAUCGAGUUUUUCAUUGAUGUAGCCAGGGAAUGUUUCAACAUUGGAAACUUCAACUCCCUCAUGGCCAUCAUCUCUGGUAUGAACAUGAGUCCUGUGUCACGGUUGAAGAAGACUUGGGGCAAAGCCAAGACUGCAAAGUUCUUUAUUCUGGAGCAUCAGAUGGAUCCUACAGGAAACUUUUACAACUACAGAACCGCCCUGAGGGGGGCCGCCCAUCGUUCUCAGACUGCCAACAGCAACAGAGAAAGGAUUGUGAUUCCCUUCUUUAGUUUGCUGAUCAAAGAUAUUUACUUCUUGAAUGAAGGAUGUGCCAAUCGGCUGCCCAAUGGCCAUGUCAACUUUGAGAAAUUUGUGGAGCUGGCACGGCAGGUGGGGGAAUUCAUGACUUGGAAACAGGUGGAGUGUCCGUUUGAGGAGGAUCGGGCCAUCCUGCACUACCUCCACACUGCUCCCAUCUUCAGCGAGGACGGACUCUACCUUGCAUCUUAUGAGAGUGAGAGUCCAGAGAACCAGGUAGAGAAGGAUAGAUGGAAAGCACUCAGGUCUAAUGUUCUGGGAAAGACAUGA